GGCCCGGAAGCGGAAGUGAUGGAUACGGAAGUGGCCUGCUGUUGCCGAGGGGACGGGCCGGGCAGAUGCCAACAUGGCAGCGGUUGGGGUUGGUGGUUCCACCGCGGCGGCCGGGCCAGGGGCGGUCUCCGCGGGGACCUUGGAGCCAGGGACAGCGAACGCGGCUCACCGGCGCCUCAAGUACAUAUCCCUAGCCGUGCUGGUGGUCCAGAAUGCCUCCCUCAUCCUCAGCAUCCGCUAUGCCCGUACACUGCCUGGGGACCGCUUCUUUGCCACCACUGCUGUGGUCAUGGCUGAAGUGCUCAAAGGUCUCACCUGCCUCCUGCUACUCUUCGCACAGAAGAGGGGUAACGUGAAGCAUCUGGUUCUUUUCCUCCAUGAGGCUGUCCUUGUGCAGUAUGUGGACACACUCAAGCUUGCAGUGCCCUCUCUCAUCUACACCUUGCAGAAUAACCUCCAGUAUGUUGCCAUCUCUAACCUACCAGCUGCCACUUUCCAGGUGACAUACCAGCUGAAGAUCUUGACCACCGCUCUGUUCUCCGUGCUCAUGCUGAAUCGCAGCCUCUCGAGGCUGCAGUGGGCCUCCCUGCUGCUUCUCUUCACUGGUGUCGCCAUUGUCCAGGCACAGCAAGCUGGUGGGGGCGGCCCACGGCCACUGGAUCAGAACCCUGGAGCAGGCCUAGCAGCUGUUGUGGCCUCCUGUCUCUCCUCGGGCUUUGCAGGUGUUUACUUUGAGAAGAUCCUCAAAGGCAGCUCAGGUUCUGUGUGGCUGCGCAACCUGCAGCUGGGCCUCUUCGGCACAGCCCUAGGCCUAGUUGGGCUCUGGUGGGCUGAGGGCACUGCUGUGGCUCACCGCGGCUUCUUCUUUGGGUACACACCUGCAGUCUGGGGUGUGGUACUAAAUCAAGCCUUUGGUGGGUUGCUGGUGGCUGUUGUUGUCAAGUAUGCUGACAACAUCCUCAAGGGCUUUGCCACCUCCCUUUCUAUUGUGCUGUCCACUGUUGCCUCCAUUCGCCUCUUUGGCUUCCACCUGGACCCAUUAUUUGCUCUUGGCGCUGGGCUCGUCAUUGGUGCCGUCUACCUCUACAGCCUUCCCCGAGGUGCAGUCAAAGCCAUAGCUUCCGCUUCCACCUCUGCUACCAUCCCUGGGCCCUCCAUUCACCAGCAGCCUCCAGGGCAGCCACCACCACCACAGCUAUCUUCACAUCGAGGGGACCUCAUCACGGAGCCCUUUCUGCCAAAGGCUCUGUUUCCCAUUGUCUGAGGCCUUUUCUCCUCCCUCACCACCCUGGAUCAUGACAGCAGCUUGGUCUCAUGUGACCUUGGGCAGCUUCCCUGGCACUGAGACCUUUGAAGAUGUCCUGUUGCAAGGGUCCAGGGUGAGGAAGAGGCACAAGCUCUGAAAGUUGUGCUUCAGCCCAUUUGAAGAAGGAUGUGGUAGGGGCUGGGUUUUUUUUUAGUGGUUUGAGGGUUCCUAGUAUUAAGCAGAUCAUUAAUGAUCCAGAAUUUGGGAGAGCAGGGAGGAGAGUCCUGGAAGUGGCUUCAGUUUCAUUGAACUGAAAACACUGGCACUUGUCAGCUGCAGGGCUCUUUUUGGAGCUAUUCAGAGAGAGAAAUAAAGCUGCCAGUCCUGCUCUUGCUACCAUAUUGGCUUUAGGAGGCACCCUUACUUCAUGGUGGGGGAGGUAGUCUCAGAAGUGAAUCAUGGAACCUGUACCCUGCACUCCCCAAAGCUUAUUAACCCCUUAACUAUCCCAGGGGUGUGUGUGUGUGUGUGUACGUGUGCGCACGCGCGCGCAUGCAUGUGUGCCCACCCGAAUGUGUGUACGUGAGUGAGUGUGUGUGUGCGCGCGCGCGUGCACACACGCACGUGCGUGUGUGAGAAAGCUGCUUAGGCUGUCUUUGCUAUAUGUAAAUAGGGCCAUUGGAUCUUUAUUUUUGAUUAAUUUGUUCUGAUUUUUUUGGGUUUGUUUUCUAAGGAACUGUAAUGAACAAAUGUCAGGAUUACCCAAUGCCAAAUAAAGAUGUUGUAUUUAUUUA